UUCAGCGUAGCAACCGUAGUGUUCUUUUGCCGAGGAUAGCUAUACUUACAUGACUGUUUUGUCAGUGUGUCUACUAAUCACUUAUGUGCAUAACUAGGCUUUGCCCUCUCAUUAUUUUGCGUACCUCAGAGCAGAAGGUUGCCUGUCCUUUUCUUUCUGUUUGAAUUCUUUCUUGGUAUGAUUGUUCUUAUGCCAUUCCACGUGUUUUUUUAUGGCUAGCAUUUCUUUGGAUAUUGUGCUUGAAACUCGUGAACGUUAAAAAUGCAUUAGUGGUUGGCUAUAAUUCGAACUGACAUUUUAUUGAUCAUGUUCCUUCUUGGCUUUAGCUGAAAAGUUGAGUGGCAAAAGUUCAACUCACGAGACAAAGAGGCAUUUACACAAUGAGAAGGCUUCAGUACUUCCCGAAGGGAAAAUAGAAGCAAUGUCCUCAGCUACACAACCGGUACAUAUGCAGUCUGCAAGACCACCUUCUAAUAGCUCCAAGACCGAGGCCUCACAAUAUGGUUUUGGCAGCUCCAAGGCUUUUACCGGCUCUAUCGUGGAACGUUCAACUGAUGUACUCACCACCAAGUCUGCAACUUUGCCGCCUUCUGAUUCUCAACCCAAGCCUUCAAGACCAGUUUCCAGAUUCAAGAUGCAGAGAAGAUAGCUGCCAUGUUAAAUGUCGAGUGUAAGGUAGAUUGUUACUCCUUUUAGCUACAUCAGGUAUUGUUUAGGGAGAGCUUCAAGACUGGGAAACCAUAUCCGAGUGGUAAUCCAAAACAUUUAGAGCCAGUUUUUAGAAUUAAGAUAGAUCUUACAUCCACCAAUGACUCAUAAGGAGCUCUUAAGAGUUUUUUUUUUUAAUUAUUCUAGUUAAUGGUGGGGAACAAAGCUAGGGUUAUUGAUAGCUAAAUUUGCAAAAGAAACCCAGUUAGGGCUAGAACAAUAACCUAUACAAUCCAUUUACGAAAUUACCCUUGUUUAAUACAUGAUAUUCCCGUCCAAAGUGGCAUGAAAAUCGCAAACACUCCACUUCGAAAGAAGUGCAUGAAACUACUCGACACGAAGUGCCUUGGUGAAGAUGUUUGCAACUUGUUGCGUUGUGUUAAUCUUCGACGAAGCAAAACCAAUGGAAAUGAUACAUUCUUUAACAAAAUAGUAGUUCAAUCACUACAUGGUUGGUCCACUCAUGAAAAGCUAGAUUAGAAGGAAUGUGGAGAGUUGUCUAAUUGUCAUUAUAAUUAGGAGUCCACUGAAGCUGGAGAGCUUAUAAUAAAAAUAGCCAAUGUAGGAUACUCGGCUAUAGCUGCAGAGCGAAAAAUAAAAAUGUGCUUUCUCCACCAAAAAAUAGGAGCGGAUACGUAGUGUUAGCACCCUGCUAACACUUUCAUUAAAGAUAUUAUGGUAAACGACAACAACCAUCCAAACUCUAUCAACCCUGAGGUAGCACUCUGCUAACACUUUCAUUAAAGACAUCAGUGCAGUCAAAAUCGCGCAUUAAAACGUAAAAACUUACGUUUUUACGUAUCCAGACCACCAAAACGUUUCAGUUUCUACCUAAAGUCGCUUAGUCACAAAAAUUGUUAAAAACAUGAGUAAAAUCGGUAAAAUUGCUUAAAAUCGGUAAAUCACGAUUCUGAAGCAUUUUUAUACGAUUUUGAUCAUCUCAUAAAAAUGUGCUAAUUGGCCCAAAAUGAUGUAAUUUUGUAGACAUAUUAGCAAAAAAUCAAAAAGGAAAACAUGAUCAUCACUCGUUCUACAACUAGUGUCGAGAUAGGGGCUUCACAUUAGGUUGAAAGGACACCUAAUGGUAUUCUCAACAGCCGCUGACCUUCUAUCAGCCUUCUCCCUUAAUCUUCACCUAUGGCUCUUACCUGGGUUACGAUAAAAUUUUAUGGGUAAUUGAUCGUAUGUAAUUAUGUAAACUCAAACCUGCUUAUGAGAAUUUGGAUUCUCAUGCUCGUUUACGGGUUACGAUAUACGUUUAAGAGCUUAUUAUUAAGAUAUUACAUUUUAAUUAUGAAUCUCAAUUAAUUAUUCACUUAUCUAAAAUCUACACUCACAAUUUACAUACUAUAUAUGUUGUAAUUAAUAUAUUUUAGCUAUUUUAGAGGGUGCGUCAAAAACUUACGCUUUUACGCUUUAAUUCUACGUUUUACGAUUUUUACCCAUUUCCCGAACAGUGCGGUCAAUCACCCUCAACUGGUUUCACAGUGUGGUCGGCGUUCGAGGAGCUGGCGGCUGAGACCUCUGCAGGAAAUGUUGGCCUUCCGUAUAAGUUCGUGUGGCAGAGUUUGAUUCCAAGCAAGAUAUGUAUUUUCCUUUGGAUCGUGUUUCACAAAAGGAUUUUGACUCUAGACAACUUGAAGAAGGGAGGAACCAGCUUACCGAACAGAUGCUCGCUUUGCAAACAGGAAGAAGAAAGCUUAAAUCACAUCUUUGUGAGCUGUAAGUUCACAAAGGAGCUUUGGAGUAUCCUGAAAUCUUUCAUUAAAAUAGAGGAAUCGGUUGCAGAGCUACUAAUAUUACAGACAGGAUCAAGUUGUGGAAUAAGAACAAUUCGGCGGAUCCCGCUCAAUGGGCCUCAAGGAUGUUUCUCCACGCUUUUUGUUGGAACUUAUGGCUCGAAAGAAAUGCGAGAAUUUUCA